AUGUUGGUGGCUCGACUCCUCGCUGAGGUUAACGAUUGUGAGUCUAAGAGGGCUAAGGGGAUGGCCUCACCUAUGUUAGGAUUCUCGGAUAAGGAUAAGGUCGGAACUAUCCAACCCCAUGACGAUGCUCUAGUCGUCACGCUUAGGAUUGGGGGAUAUGACAUGAAGAGAGUGUUAGUCGAUCAGGGCAGCGUUGUGGAGGUAAUGUACCUCGACUUGUAUAAGGGGUUGAAGCUGAAACCUGAAGACCUGACGGCAUAUGACUCCCCUUUGGUAAGUUUCGAAGGGAAAACCAUUACUCCGAAAGGCCAGAUUAGAUUGCCCAUACAAACAGGCUUGGACAUAGUGAAGGUGGACUUCAUAGUGGUGGACGCAUACUCGCCCUACACCGCCAUUAUAGCUAGACCUUGGUUUUAUGCCCUAGGGGCUGUUUCCUCUACCUUACACCCAAAGGUGAAGUACCCGUCGGAGGGUCGGGUCAAAGAAGUGAUAGGAGAUCAAGCCAUGGCUCGGCAAUACAUGGUGUCCGCCAUUUCGCGAUGGCCAAAUGUCGAGCCCUUAACCCCUACCGAGAACGGCUUAUAG